AUAUAUAAAAAUAAGAACCAACGGAGAGAAUAGAGAUCCUCAAAGAGAGCCCUAAUUUCAUCCCCUCGCCCAAUCUCCUUCUUCAUCUUGAAUUCUCGAUCUCGCAAACCCUAAUUUCUACUACUAGAUUUUGGUGCUGUCGUCUUUUUUCAUUUUGUGUUGCAGAUAUAUCAUACGCCAUAGACAUACAUGCGAACAUACAGAGAUAUGAAUACCCCGGCGAAGUGAGGAGGUGUCAAGUCGAUUGAGGUGUGAAUGGUGGCCAUAGGAAUUGAAGGAAUGGAGAGGGAGCAACGAAUCAGGAAAAGGCCUCGGCUCACAUGGGACGUGGCUCCAUCUGAGCCACAGGUGAAACGGGCACAGGUGGUGAGUAACGAAGGGGUGAAUAGAAGAAGGCAUGCGUCGCCGCCCAGAAGGGACGACGAUCGCGAGGGCCAUUACGUCUUCAAUCUUGGCGAGAAUCUCACUCCUAGAUAUAAGAUACUCUGCAAGAUGGGUGAAGGCACAUUUGGUCGGGUUUUGGAAUGUUGGGACCGUCAAACAAGAGAGUAUGUGGCAAUCAAGGUUGUCCGAAGCAUACGCAAAUACCGUGAUGCAGCUAUGAUCGAGGUUGAUGUGCUUCAACAUCUUGCCAAGAAUGAUAAAGGCAACUCACAUUGUGUUCAGAUUCGGAACUGGUUUGAUUACCGGAAUCACAUAUGCAUUGUGUUUGAGAAGCUUGGACCAAGCUUAUUUGAUUUUCUAAAGAGAAAUAAAUACUGCCCAUUCCCUGUGGAUCUUGUUCGGGAAUUUGGAAGACAGCUUUUGGAAUCUGUAGCAUGUGUGUGGAUAGUUCAUAGCCUUUUGUCGUAUUUACUCAUUUUAUUUUUCUUAUCUUUCCUAACCAAUAACCCAGAUCUGUUUCUUGGCCUGUUUUGUUUGUCCAGGAGUGAGUUUUGUUUUGAUUUUUUCCUCCUUUUGACUUCUUUCUUUGCUUUAUCAUAUCCGGCAGAUAUGCAUGAUUUACACUUAAUUCACACUGACCUGAAGCCAGAAAAUAUACUUCUUGUAUCAUCUGAACAUAUAAAGCUUCCUGGUUGUAAGAAGCUUGCAAUGGUACAGAGAUUUUCUUCGGAUGAAAUGCAAUUCAGGUGCUUGCCCAAGUCUAGUGCCAUUAAGCUGAUUGAUUUUGGCAGUACUGCCUUUGACAAUCAGAAUCAUAGCUCCAUUGUGUCAACGAGACAUUACAGAGCCCCUGAGGUUAUUUUAGGAUUAGGAUGGAGUUAUCCGUGUGAUUUGUGGAGUGUUGGCUGCAUACUUAUUGAACUAUGCUCAGGUGGAGCAUUAUUUCAGACGCAUGAGAACCUAGAGCAUUUGGCAAUGAUGGAGAGGGUGUUGGGACCUCUGCCAGAGCAUAUGGUUCAAAGGGCCGACCGAGGUGCUGAAAAGUACUUCAGGCGAGGCUCACGACUGAAUUGGCCAGAAGGAGCAGUUUCAAGGGAGAGCAUUAGAGCUGUCAAUAAGCUUUACUGUUUAAAGGAUCUGGUAUCUCAACAUGUAGUGUCCUCAAGAUCCUCCCUCGCUGAUUUAUUGCAAGGCUUGUUGAAGUAUGAUCCCUCCGAACGUCUCACGGCUAGACAAGCUCUUAGUCAUCCCUUCUUUCAGAAUCUAACUUUGAGAGAGUAGCGUAAUGACAUGAAACCUAUUGUACGGUUUACGAUGCUGGUCCGGGUUGAUACUUGUUUGGCGUUGAGAGAGAGAGAGAGAGAGAGAGAGUAUAAGUUACUGGCUCAGUACACGUUUUGUACAAUGUGUUUAAUGAAAUAUUGAUUUCGUUUUAUAAAUAUAUUUAUUUUGGCUGGUUGGAAUCAA